AUGAAAUUCGAAGACUUACUGAUGCAACAAGGGGAAGAUAAACAAACAAAACUUCAGCUUCAGAAACAGGUACAAAGAAUGGAGGAAGAGUUGGAUAGGGAGGUUCAAGUGAAGAGGGUUUUGCAAUGUGCCAUUGAAGGAGGGCCAAUUGAUGAUGACUGCUGUCAAACUUGUUCAUGCCUCUCUCCUUUGCUUCCUUUCAAGCUUUGGAAACAGAAGAGGAACGGGGGAACUCAAGGGUUGGUAUGCAAAGCAGCAUUCAGCUGCACAAUGCCCGUUUUCCCAUUCGUUUGUGACGCAUACCAUCUUGAUCCUUAUGCAAUAUUGCCUGAACCUGACAUAAACAUCAGAGACAUUGGGGCGUACAAAAAUUUCAUACAGAUCACAAGAAAUACACUUGAUGUAAGCCGACUUUCUGAAUGUCUGCCAGACAUAAGGAGACUGAGGGUGUUGAUGCAGAAACUGAAGAGAAUAAAUAUAAAUUACUUCACCCACAAGCAAAAGUUGGCAUUUUGGAUCAAUGUCUACAAUGCCUCAGUAAUGAACGCAUUUCUGCAACAUGGACUGCCUUCCACAGAGGAGAAGCUGCUCGCGCUCAUGAAUGAGGCUAGGAUUGAUGUUGGUGGCUUCAUGUUUAAAGCUUCCAAAAUAGAGCAAUUCAUCCUUCGACAUCCAGCAGAUAUCAAACAUAAAUCAACCAAUGAGAAUGAUAUGCUUCUAAGGCAUGCUUGUGGACUAAGCUAUCCAGAACCAAUGGUUAUAUUUGCUCUUUGCCGAGGCAGCUGGUCUUCACCAGCGUUAAGGUAUUACACACCAGAUGAAGUCAUGAAUGAAUUAGAGAAAGCUAAGGUAGAGUAUUUGGAAGCUUCAAUUGGAAUUACAAGCAGGAAAAAGAUUUUGGUGCCAAAGCUCAUGCAAUGGCACAUGAAAGACUUUGCUGACGAUAUGGAAUCUCUUUUAGAAUGGAUUUACAGCCAAUUGCCAUAUACAAGCUCACUGAAAAGACUGAUAAUGGAAUGUCUAAAUGGACAGACUCAAUCUCCAUCACAAAAGCUGGUAGAAAUUCAGCCUUAUGCCCCUGAAUUUCGCUACUUGAUUCCAGUAUAA